AUGACCGCCGUAAUCUCAAAUGAUCCCACUUGGUGGUCGGCCAUCGAUGCAUAUCGGUUGGCCAGCUAUUUUGGAGUUGCCGUCUUUGUUGCAGUGAUGUAUGAUUGGGCACUUACAUUCGGACAAGAGGUGGAGCUCAUCUGGAGACAACAAUGGUCCCUAAUGACAGUUAUGUAUCUCGGUGCACGUUACCUUGGAAUCUUAUACGCUCCUGAUCAUUCUGAUCAGUGUUCCGACUAUCUCAUUGACAGAUACUUGGGUGUGGUCAUUUGCCAAUUUCUUGGUUCACUAAUGACUGCCAUGCUAUACUGCCACAGAUGCUGGAUUAUAUACACCAUAGGUGAUUGGACGAAUGUUGUGGUAUUUGCGAUGCUGUGGGUCAUCAUCAUCGCUCGGUUGCAUGCGAUGUAUCAAGGAUCCAGAAAGAUCCUGAUACUUCUCAUUGCCACCUUCCUGGCUAUCAACACUUUCGAUGCAGUGGCCGCUAUAAUGGCAGUGAUGCAUACUUCAGGGGAGGAACUCAUUCUCUCCGGCACUUAUCAGUGCCAGCUUAACUAUUCAAACGAUAUCCCACUUCUGAAUUCGAUUACUUGGAUUCUUGCCAUUGUAUGGGAGGUCCUCACGCUAUGUCUCGCAGUCUGGAUUGCGAUAAAACACUUCCGUGAACUGCGACAACAUUCCGCAGGAGGGAUUAUCGAGGACUGUUUCACGGUGUUGAUGAAAACUCACGCAGUUUACUUUGCGAGCGUUGUUGCUGUUUCUGGCAUCGAGCUCAUUUUUGAUUUAUAUCCAACAUUCUUCGUGUGCUUUUCCCUGGACGCUCAGAUCAUUUCUGGGGUUAGUCAGAUUUUGGAGGUCGUGCAGAUGUUUGUGUUGGGACCGCGCCUGAUCCUUGGUGUCCGGGAAUACUAUGCCAAGCUCAUGGCCGAUUCUGACGCAGCAACUGGUAUGACCUCAGUCGCUUUCCAGGAGCGCGUGGAAAUAUCGACUGGUAGUGGUGUGUGA